AGACCGCUGUCUUUCUAUCCUCAACAGCUUCUGGACACCAUCAUCAACCUCAUCGUUCCCUUCUAGCAGCAUUCCACAUUCUGCAACUCAUCAUGGCCCCCUCUAUUCAGGAGCUUUACCAUGACUUCGUGGGUAAUGAUGUACCCAACGCGAAGCACAGAAGAUCGUCCUCAUCCUUCGACCCCAACGACAUCUCCAUCAACGCUCGUCCAUGCGACCUGGGUCGUGUUUCUGGCCUUGUCGAUGACAUUGCCUCGUACAACUGGGGCGACAUUGACUUUGCUCAAGACCGCAAUGCCCGUAUCUCCUUGCUGUCCAAGGCUCGAUCUUUGAUCGCAGCCCUUGAGACCCCAAGAGAGACUUUGCUGAGGCAUAUUGGUGCCGAGACCUCCAAUUUCUACACCAUCGUUAUCGGCAUCGAAACCAACCUCUUCCACGAAAUGGCCAAGGACAGCGGCUCUCCCAAAACCGCCACCCGUCUUGCCGAAGCCAUCUCCUUCGACCCGGAUCUCAUCCGGCGCAUCCUCCGCCACCUGGCCUCCAUGAACCAUAUUAUCCAAACCGGCGAAGACGAGUACCGCCCCAACAACUUCUCCAAAGCCCUUACCACCUCUCCCAUUGCCGGCUCUUACCAGUUCUAUCGGAACAUUUGCCUUCCCGCCAUGAUCAACCUACACAAGUGGCUCAAGACCAAAUCCUACCAAUCCCCCACAACCACCAUCGACAACCCCUUCACGUUCGGACAUCAGACUUCCCAGACCUUCUUUGAGGUGAUCGGUUCAACUGCAAAGAACACCGAGCACUUUAACGAUCACAUGGUUGCCUACUGCCAGGGCCAACCAGCAUGGUGCUCCAACAGCGUCUACUCAGCCGCCGACCGUCUUAUCUCGGGCUUUGAUGCCUCUCCCCAGCCAGACGGUUCUGACCCAGUGAUGCUGGUAGACAUUGGCGGUAACGUCGGCCACGAUCUCCAGACUUUUGUUUCCCAUUACCCUUCCCACCCCGGCCGGCUGGUGCUACAGGACCUCCCCUCCGUCAUUGCUGUCGCUCCCCCGUCUCUCACUUCCCCUCUUCUCAACGGGAAGUACGUCCAACUUCAAGAACACGACUUCUUCACACCUCAACCCGUCGUCGGUGCACGAGCGUACUACCUCCAUCACAUCAUGCACGAUUGGCCGGACGCCAAGUGCGUUUCCAUCUUGAGUCAGAUCAAGAAGGCGAUGAAGCCGGGGUAUUCGCGGCUGUUGAUCAACGAGCAGGUCAUACCUGAGAAGAAGGCAAGUUGGGAGGCGACGUAUCUGGAUUUGUACAUGAUGGUGCUGUUUGGGGCUAGGGAGCGGACGGAAAAGGAGUGGCUGCGGCUGUUGGAGGAUGGAUGUGGAUUGAAGGUGUUGGGUAUGUACGGACCGGGAGGAGGAGUGGAGGGGAUCAUUGAGUGUGAGGUUGCAUUAGAGGAGUAGUUUGUGAGGUAUGAGGUAUGAGGUAUGAUAAAUGGCUGUUGGGGGAAAAGAUGAACAAAAUGCAGGAAGAAAGAAUAGUGUUUUAUCUCAAACCUGCGUAUUAGUCUAUGAAUCUGUUGGGGCUGCAUCUGAAUCAGUC